CACUGGCUGCCUCAAAACAGUUGUUAUUUGCUCAAUUAUUUUUUAGUCAGCUGCUAAGAAAUAUAGUAUUAGAAUGUUAUUUAUGAAAUAAACUCAGGAUGUCAAGAAUUUUGAUGAGCCAACUGACCCACCCGCAGCGCGUCCGCCUGCUGUACAAAACGAUCCUCCGCCUGCACAGAGGUCUUCCAGCGGAACUGCGUGCUCUGGGCGACAACUAUGUGCGGGACGAGUUCCGGCGACACCUCAAGUGCAAUCCCAUGGAGGCACAGCUAUUUAUGACAGAGUGGGCCCGAUAUGCGUCCACAAUCACCCAACAACUGGGAAUUCGGGGCAAGCCCAAGGGGGAUUUGGGCGAAGAGAUUGACCCGACGACCGUGGAAAUGCUGAAGGAUGACCAGGUAGUCCAACUAUACGAGCUGAUGCUGGCGGCCAAGGGAGUCGAAGAUGUGCAAGGCAAAUAAAUUAGUUGAUUAUUUUA